AAACAUUAAUGAACCCGUAACCUACAUCAAGAGAAAUGUGCCGGCCAAAUUUUCGCGUUAAACUUGAUUUAUGCAAGUUUUAUAACGAUGUACGACGUUACUGUUGGAUUUUCAUUGAUGGUACAAAAAUGUGCAAUGUAUCACAUAUGACAGAACACAUUGGAAAAUUAUUGAACAUCAAAGAACCGUUCCAUUUGCUGUUAAAUAAAACUGAGUACUUGCCACCUAACGAGGAUAUUCGUAUUGUUAAAGAAAAUGAAACGAUAUUGGUUUCUCCUGGAUCUGGAUUGGAAAAUGAAAUGGAAAUAUCUACAGAGAAUACAACACAAGAUAUGAGUAGUUUUAUGAAAGAAGAAAGAAAUAAUUCCUUUCAACAUAAAGAAAUUCAGACCAAUUGUUUUUCAGUAAAUACAACUGCAGUUCAAACUUUGUCAAAUGAAGGUGCAUACAAAUCGCAAAGUGAGUUUUCAGGAUUCAGUACAGCAUGUUAUGGGAAAGGAGAUAGCGAAGCAAGCAGCGUGAUCGAAUCAAAAACUACUGACACAGCUCUGAUGGAAGAUUUUAAUACAGAAAAUUUAUAUCCAAAACGAAAACGUGUGAGGCAUAGAAAGAAGAAGACAAAAGAAGUUGAGCAAAGUACCCCACAAGAAAAUGAAAAUAAACCAGCAAAGCCUAGAAUUAUUGAUUCUUGUCCUGUUUCUUUUGGCAAGCACAUUCGUUUUGAUAAUGUAGAUAGCAAGGAUGUUAAAGAAAACAAAGUAAUUCGUACAGAUACAAUGAAUGGGUGCAACGUUAAACAAAUAUCACCUUCUCAUGAACUUGCAAACUUAUUAUCAUUAGGAAAAAGUUCUACUCCACUAACCUUUAGUAACACCAGAGUGAAGGAGGAACCCAAGGUAGAGCACAUGUCUGAUGUAGAGCCUCAAGUUAACGCUUCCUCUGAAAAUAGAAAUGAAAGUGUGGCUGUGAAUGAAAAAGCGCAGAAUGGUAAAAAAGAUUGGUUAGACAAAGAUUUUCUCAAGUGUCCAAUUUUGACAAGAAAACCAGAACUUCUGGAUGUUAUAGCUUUUAAGAUGCUCAAAAUAGGAUCAGAUUAUACGCCACAAAUAUCAGACUUUAUUGUAGGAGAAGUAAUAUUUCGGAAUCCUCUAAAUACAGUGUAUACAUUCAAAGUAUUAAAAGGAUUAUCAGAAGUGCAAAUACCGCUUGGAAAAUUUACAAUUAUACAAGAUAAAGAAGAACGUGUAAUGAAUGAUACAUUUGUAGUAAAUUAUGCUCAAAUGAUGGAAUCUCGACUUAUAUCUAGUGGUAGUCCACCUGUUUCAAUGCAUUCUAUUAAGUAAUUACAUAAUUAUAGCUUUAUUAUGUAUGCCCACGUGGUUAUUCACAUUCGGAAUAAAAUACAUUGCCUUAUUACUAUA